CAGGAAAAAAAACACAGAUACACUGUAUACAGUCACAGAUACACUGUAUACAGUCACAGAUACACGGUAUACCCAGGAAAAGGAGACAACAACAGAUACCACAUACAAGGAAAUACAAGGAAAUAACUACAGACAGUGCAAAUGUAAUAUGUCUACUGAAGAAGGAGUGUACACAUGUACACAAUUUUAACAAAAGGAUACUAAAGCAAGCUACGAUUGCUAUGGGGAUAUUGUUACAAGGACUUCUGUUCGUGGUUCUUUUAAUCGUGUUAUCAUCUACCCCAGGUUCCUCACAGUAUGGUGUCAAUCAUGGAAGAUGUCCCCCGAGAGAACUACCUUGCCCAAACGGAAUAAAUUUUCUAAAAUAUGUCAAAAAUGUGCAACAUUAUGAAUACUGUCCAGACAACAUUUUGCUUAAAAUUGUUUUUCAAAAAGGGGUAUUUUCUGCCAAGGCAUCUGAACCAUGGGUGAAGAUCCUCAUAGAGUGUUUGGGACCUGAUGGAACUGGCAAGAGAGAGAAGUGUCUGAGCAACACAGAAAAUAAAUAUGCAAAUCUAUGUUCCAAGGAAUCCAACACCAAGUCCAUUACGACCACCACCACCACCACCACUGUUUCUACUGCAAAAUCUACAACUUCUGCUACACAAUACAAUGAACAGCCACCAGUAACUACCAGCAUUCCGUCAAGACCAAGACUAACCACCACUAGGCAGGAACUCUGGAAUGAGACAAAACACUUUGAUGUUAUUCAACCAGACGACAAAAACAUACAUAAUGGUUCUGAAGGGCAGCAAGGUCUAGGUCCCACAGUAUCCCAAGGAGAGCCUGGAGAGAAGACGAAGACUACGACAAUAGCCGUGAUCUCUCUAAUUGUCAUCUGCCUGGUACUUGUGGCUAUUCUUACCGGAGUGUUCUGCAAGAGGAAGAAAACUAAUUCAUACCAGAAAACGUCAAUGGAUGAAUUAUUAUAAAAAUGAACUACGUAAUUGAAAUUUUGGGCACUGAGAACAUUUGUAUAAUUCAAUUUUGCAUUUAGCCACUUCAUGUUGAGUUUAUUGUAAUGAUUAUCAAUGCAAUUGAAUCCUUGUGGUUUCUGAGAUAUGACAGUGCCAUGCUUAUUUACUAAUGUGAAAGCCCAAAGUAAAUUUCAAAUUUAAGGUCAAAAUAGUCGCACUUUAAGAAAAAAACUCUGCUUUCCUUUUGACUAUUUUGUCUUUAAAUUUGAAACUCAUUUUAAACUCACCUUGAAAUCUCAGUUUUGUAAAUAACUCUGUGCCCUUUUGGGAUCACAUGUUGGGAAUUGAACACUGGAACUGGCAGAAUACGUUAUAACUUUAGAAAUAAUAAAAAUCAUCGAAAAAAGGAAUUGGCCCAUGCUACCGGGCUUUCCAAAGUUGAAAGCUUUCAUCUGCCCUGCAGUGCCCCAGCCUAAAUUUUACGGUUGUGUGCGAUUCUCCUUAUACAUCACUUCCACCUUACAUUUUGCCUGAAGUUAUAAGUAAGAGAGCUAAUAAUUCAGAC